AUCCUCUACAGCCCUAUGCUACACCAAGAUCGUUAGACAUGCAAAGGAAAGAAGCUUAGCAGCUGGCCAGACACAUCGUAUCUCCUUCAGUAACAGUGUCCUCUACCUUCUGUUCAUCAUCAUCCUCUUGGAAAGAAAACUUCUUCGCGUCGACUGCCAUGCACUUUCCCUACGGCAGGGGAAUGGGGAGGAAAGAAGACAUCUGUCACAUUGGUCCCCCACUUGCUCCUCCGCCAGGUUUGAACUUCCCACCAGACGGCGGAGUCACGUUGGCUGGCGCACAAAGUUACAGCACAGGAACCAGCAUGUAUGGCAUUUACAAUAACCAGUACUCCAAUAUCAACUACCAUGGACCUUCCUCUCCCUAUGGUCAUGGACUGGCUUCAUCUUCUGGUGGUCCUUCUCCCAUGCAGCAGAUAGAUGAGACAGCAGCUGUAGCUUUGCUCCAACAUCUUAGCAAGACUGAACUUCAGAACCUUCUCAAUGAUGACUCAAAGCUAACAGACAUCAUUAACGAUCUUUCUCAGGUUCGCAGUCUCCAGUCUGAUCACGAUGACCUAGUUGCUCGGAACAAGAGCCUGGCAGAGUACAACCUCUCCCAGCAACCUCGCCUGGACAGUCUUAAAACAGAGGUGGCAACAUUGUAUGAGAGAGCCAACAAACUGAAAACAGAACUUGGAGAAGAAAAAUGCAAGCUAGACUCUUUUGCUGGAAGUCAGAAACUGGAAACAAUGCAUGCACUUCUUCAAACAGAAGCAGCCAAGAGUGAAGAGGAAUCUGAGCUUUUUGUUGAGAGCUUUUACAACAAAAGCCUAAGCGUGGAGGAUUUUCUGGCACAGUUUCUACCAGAACGAACAAAAGCGCACCUGCGUCGAGUCAAAGCUGAGAAGAUGGGAGAACUGUUAAGAAAUGGUGGGCUUUCUGGACAUAUGCCAUCUUCUUGGACUAGCCCAGCUCAUGCUCCACUGUUCUCCACACCUUACCCAUUGGGGCCUCCUGCAGGAGCUUCUGCGUUUUCUGUUUCAGGAGGUGUCCCUUACAUGAUGCCUCAACCUAAUUUCUACAGACAAUGAUGCUCUUUGCUGGCAUGGACAAUUGAUAUGUGAAAGGCGGUCUUUCAUGUUUGAUAAAUUGUAUGUACAGAUGGUAAAUGUGUAUGAUUUUUAUUUUUAACAAAAUUAAACAAUGAUACAUAGCUUUGUUGAAUAUAGCUUUAUUUUAUAGAAUUUUGCAUAGCUUAUGAUCCAUUUAAUAUAAGUGGAUUUUUUAAAGAUUAGGGAUUAAAUUAAGCAAAAUACGCCAUUAUUUAGAAAAGACAUAAGUUUAGAGUUUUUAUGCCAGAGUUUCAGUUCAUGGCAAGAUAUAGCCAAAUACAAUUUUCCUGCUGGUGUAAAUACUAGGUUGUUAAUACAUGUUAGUUGGAUUUUUUUACAUUAAAAAGUGUCAUUGUAAUAGGGAUUUGUGAUUUUACAUGAAAAGGCUUUUAUGCUACCACAGCUAAUAGCUACAUGGGGUGAACUGUCCUUGCAAAAAAGGUGUGGCCAUCAGAAAAAUAUUUGUAUGUAUCAAUAGUUAAUGGCUUCUAGAUAGUGCCAAGAAGUAUGUGGUGCAAUACUGUAUAUUACUGAAAUUGACUCAAAUUAUUUUAUAUUUUCAGUUUUGUGAAUCAGGAGUAUCGCAAUCCUGUUCUCACCUUUUUGUGCUGCUCUUGAAUUGUAAUCUUUUUAUUUAAUUGCAAAGUCUUUUAUGCAUUAUAUCUUUACUUGUAGUUUUUAGGGGGAUCUUUUUCUCAGCUCUAAACCUUGUUUUAGUUCAGCCUAAAGAUGGAGUUAACAGUUUGCAUGUAUAUGUGUAUGUAUGUGCCUUCACACAUGUGAUUGAGUGCAUAUUUGGCAAAAGGUUACUAUGUGUUUAUUAGUGAUUGUGAUGUGAAUAUAGAAAAAAUGCAGACUUUUGUAUUCACAUUUUCAGUUUAUUUUAGGCAUGUGCCAUCCCACAUGAGUAGUACUGAUAGUGUAUCAUAGCAUAAGUGCUCACAUUCUCUAACAACAUGAAAGGUCCAGCCACUGACUUGAAUUCUAGUUGAAAAGUAUACAAAGUGUACAGAGUUUGAAGCUGUACAUAAGGAAGUGUGGAGUGUUUGAAUACUACAGCUUGGUACAGAGAGAACACUGUGUUUAAUAACAGUACACUGUAGCUACAUUCAAGUUCAAAUAUUAGUCGCAUGAACUGCUUGUUUUGCACAUAAAUUAUCUAAAAGGCUCGCAAAAUCAAAGAGAAUAUGAACCAUUUUGCUGCAAUGACAUGUAAUCUUUCUAGUGAUGUAAAUAAAGGGCUGGUUUUAUUUAUAUAUAUAUAAUUACACAUAAUAUAUACAUGAUAUUUGUAGAAUAUCCUUAUAACUUUAACCCUAAAACACAGACAUGACAAGAAAGCUACUGGUUAAACACAGCAUUCGUUUGUAAUGAGCUUAUGUGCUUAAUUAUGUAAAUAUCCCUUGCACUUUGCAUAGCUGUAUUUAUGUACAUAGAUGUGGUAUGAACUUUGCUGCUAUGGUAGAUUUUAUUAUUGUGUACAAAACAGGAUCUGAAAUAAAAGUGCUUUAAAGGUUGUAGAGGACAAUAAGCUUAUGCACAAAAAUAGUCAAACACAAUGACACACACAUACACAUGCAAAUGUACCCAAUCUCACAGGUAAAACUUCAUUAGCUAAUUGAAUCAACAACAUAAAUGUAGCCAGUAUUAUAUAAAAGACAAUGGAAGUAAUCAUGCAUCUAGUAAUUUUAAGACAAAUAAACUGAGUAUUCUAAAA